UGUCCUGUGUCGUGUUGUGUCGUCCUGGCGCGAGUCGGUCGCAUCCUUCCUGGGAAAUCGGGCCACUGGUGCUGCCUCCAGCAAUAACAGGGCUUCUCCAGAGAGCGUGAAGGAAGAAGCACUUGUCCCAAGACGCAAUAAUUGUGGUAUCGCCGUACGGUGGAGAACGUUCUGGCUAUUUUAAACGGUGAGAAAUCGGAAGCACAACAUGUUGGAGAACCACAACAACCACCCCGAUGGAAUAAGUGUAUCGUGACGGCGUGUGAAAGGGGUGCAUUCGUGCGUGCGUGCGUGAAGGUGUAGCAAUCUUGUUGCACAAAUCGAAAGAAGCAAAAAAAACGUCGAAGCAAGCAAUCAUCCAGAAGAGGAGCCACCAAUCAGCUGCUAGUGUAUCGUGUUGUUGCUGCAUCGUAGUACACUCUGUGGUCGUUAGUCUUCGAAGCUAUAGUAGCCUACGCGUGGAAAUGUACGCUUUUCAGUGAGUUUUGGACACCACACCACACAGUCCGCUCAGCCAUCGCCGCGCGGUUAAGCAGAUUCGUGGAGUUGUGUGCGCGCGCUUGUAGUGGCUACAAGAGUGGGGGCGGGCGUGUGGGGCUGUUGGUUUGUGGUGUGUUGUUGUGGGAAAGGGUUCAGAAGGUGGACACAAUUGCAUAACCUGUGUGAAGGUGGUGUGCUCUGGAGGUGAGUGAGUGAGUGAGUGUUGUUUACGUUCAGCAGCGCGCCGGGGUGAAAACCGGCUCGAUCGUCGCGAUCUGUUGCUCCGCGAGCGCUGGCAAGCGCGGGUAAUCCGCAUCCGAAUAGUGCUCGGUGUUGUUCAAGUAGUGGCAAGGUGUGAAGCAGGUGAAUUGAAGAGCAAAACACAACGUGGUGUACCACAGUCCUAGCACAAGAACGGCGGUAGCGAAAAGUAGCAGCUGGAAAAUCGUUUUGAGUGUCAUCUUUAUUGGUGGACAAACACACCAGCGUCGACUGAAGUGGCACAUAAAACGCUAACAGGUUCCCCCUGGUUUUUUGGUCCGAGGAGCAGUAGAAGCAGAAGCAGAGACAGCGACGAGCAUCGCAUUAUCAACAGAGUCCGGACAGUGAGUGCAGCCAUACAACGCGCCGUGCUGGAAGAGUAAAUGUGAAAGUGCUGGAGUGUUGUGUACGGUGCACCAAACAAACAAACAAACGACGACGACGAAAGCGGUUCAGUUCUGUGCGAACACACGAAGGACAUCGUCAGUGAUCACGAGACGUGAAGAAAAGGACCUCAGUAGGUGUCUGGUGGUCUCUGUUGGUACCACAGCGACGCAGUGAGCGUAGCAACAGUUGCAGUGUGCUUAUGGUGGUGCAUCGUAGCUACCGUUGCUCGUUGCUAUCGCAUGUCGAUCGCAGUGCACCUAGGUGACCACCGAGUGUUAACAAGCGGCGGUAAUUCCGGGCUGGUGAUCACAGCGGGCACCGUAGCAGGAGCAGGACCGUGGCCGAGUUGGAGCUAGCGAACGACUAGCACUAGGUGCGUGAGGGGACAUACUACUGCACCCGAGGAGUGCGGUUUUUACCAGAUACCAGCGUGCGAAACGGUUUCGCUUCUCUCCUAACCCAUCCUGCCAGACCAAGAGAGCGCGAGAGAGACAGAGAGAAAGAGAGUGAGCGAAAGCGAGAGCGAAGGCAGGACACGACGAAUGCGCUUUACGUUCCUGUUUGAUCUACUAUUCCAGGGGGCGGCCAACGGAGGGCACGCGAACGGGCAAUCAACCUCCAGCGCAGCGUCGUCCUCUGCGUCGACCGGCGGAAGUGGCACCAUGGUGAAAACGUUCCAAGCGUACCUACCGUCCACGAACCGAACGUAUUCCUGUGUCCACUGCCGGGCACACCUAGCUAGUCACGAUGAGCUUAUAUCGAAAUCGUUCCAGGGUAGCCAGGGACGGGCCUAUCUGUUCAACUCGGUGGUUAACGUGGCAUGUGGUCAGGCCGAGGAACGUGUGCUGCUAACCGGGCUACACGCCGUGGCCGAUAUCUACUGUGAAUGCUGCAAGACGCCACUCGGAUGGAAAUAUGAACAUGCCUUCGAGUCGAGCCAGAAGUACAAGGAGGGCAAGUACAUCAUCGAGCUGGCGCACAUGAUUAAGGAGAAUGGGUGGGACUGAUUCGCGUCGCCUACACGGCGCACCAGAAGUGAUAGCAACAGCAGUAGCGGCGGCAGCUCAUCGGCCAUCAACUAACUGACUCAUCACUGGACGUGCGCCGUGUGGCGACAAGACAUACAUCAGCAAAAACAAACACGUGCAGGCUAAACAGAAGGAGUAACAGUGGAGUAGCUAUCCUGCCAACCGCCCCCAGGGGGUAUACUACCGCCCCAAAUAGUUUCAUGUUCAUCGAAGGAGCAGUGUGUGUCUUUUUUGUGGGGUUCCUGCGAUCGACUGGCUGGUUCCGGUCCCUAGAAAUGAACCCCCUUUCCCACCCGUUCUCCCUGACACUCCACAAACCGCACGAUCGGGCGAUCUUUUGCCUG